UUCUCCUUUAACUUGGGGGUUAUGGAAUUGUUAGUUUUAAGCUAUCGAGCACAAGCUAUCUAGAACAAGUCUAUUUGAAUACUUUCAAUUAAUUUGUAUAACCAAGUUUCACAUGCGGCAGGUUAACUCGUUUAGCACUUUCCCGGCAGGUUGUGCCUUUGCUAGUUAAUUUGCAGUAUAUGUAGCAUGGCGCACUGUAGUCUAUGAAAUGAACUAUAACGUUACCUUACUUACCCAGAUAGCUUGUUCGUAUGUUGUCAAUGUGUAUGCCCAUCGGUUACAUUCUAAAUGAAAAAUAACUAUUAUAACUUUGUCAACUUUUAGGCGUAGGCCUUGCUGACGAGUUGCUGUACUACAGUACUGUUACUACCGUCGGUGUGCUGUGCUAUGCUUAGUGGGAAGCCUCGUCGUUUUAGUUUGAUUAGGAUGUGCGAUUGUAUUUUUAGUUUGGGUACCUUUGGGAACCUUUAUGAUUAAACAAGAGGCUGCAGCUAGCUAACUGUAAACAUCCUGGUUACCAUACGGGGCUGUAGCUCGGGGUGAUGGCGGGUGGAGUGCUGUUUUUACGGGGUCUCUUACCCCACGACUGUCGCUGGGUUGCCUUUGGCUGCAUGUGGUUAAAUUCACGAAUCGGCACAGUUCACCCCCCAGCAGCUGUAAUAUUGGGCCAGUUCCAUCAAAGAACAUCCCAGCCAUGCUGUGCCAUCCACCACUCUUCAGUGAUGUCUGCUGGCCACAAUAAGUGGUCCAAAGUGAAGAAUAUAAAAGGACCGAAAGAUGCCGCUCGCAGUCGAAUAUUUACAAAGUAUUCACUGAUGAUCAGGGUAGCUGUAAAAGAAGGAGGGCCGAAUCCUAACACCAAUCUCCAGUUGGCAAACCUCGUAGAGCGGUGCCGGAGCCUAAACAUACCCAAAGCUUCAAUUGAGACAGCUAUCAAGGGGGCGGAAAAGACAAAAGGAGGUUCAAGUGGUUUGUAUGAGGCCCGGGGACCUGGUGGCUCCUCACUGCUUAUUGAGGUUCAAACCAACAACAAAACACGGACCCAUCAGGUGGUCAAGAGCUUGCUCUAUAAGCACGGUGCGACGUUGUGCAGUGGAGCCAUGCACUGUUUUGAGCAGAAGGGGGUGGUGCUAGCACCGCAAGAAGACAUAUCGCUGGAGCGUGCUCUGGAGCUGGCCAUUGAGGCAGGGGCAGAGGACAUUCAGGAGACCCAGGAUGAGGACGAGAAGCCAUUGCUACAGUUUGUGUGCAAGGCGUCUGAUUUGAGGCAAGUGCGGACUGCACUGGAGGCUCUGGGCCUUCCCACGAUCUCAGCCAGCCUGGAAUAUGUGGCCCACACACCUGCCCUGCUGCCCCUGGACCAGCUGGAGGUUGCCGCACGCCUGCUGGAUGCAUUGAACUACGAUCCUGAUGUGAUACGAGUCUGGGACAAUAUUCAAGAAAAGACAUAACUUCCAGUCUUCUGGGAUGCUGAGUUUGAGAGAUAGGAGCAGCUUAGCCCUGGGAAAUGAUUAUUACCAAUGUUGUCUGCAUCGAACACGGCAACUGUCUAAUUCUUACUGUCUAAAAAAAAUCAUUGUUUCUCAUGCAACAAAUUGGAGGCAAUACUCAUAACUCGUUGAUUUGUAACUUGAAUAAUUGUUGAAGUUAGCAUGGUUUGAUGUGUAAUGAACAAGCCUUGUACUUAUUACACUGUCUGAAUCCAUGCUAGACCAUGUGGUAAGCUUCUUGUUUUACAUUUUCAUUCCAAACACAGCAUUACUGGGAGAAUAUUUUGUUUUUAUCAUAUUAUAUUUAGACUUCUGGAUAAAAUGAUCAAAAGUAGCAAUACAACAGUUUUGGCAAUGAUAUCACUAUGAAUAAAAAUAAUUAUACAUAA